AUGCUCUCAACAACGUUGAAUCUAGGGCUCAUUCUGACCCUCACCCUCCUCCCCUCUACCCACAGCCAUGCCAAUCCCCAAAUAACAACCGCGCCCUCCCCUUCCGACUACACCUCAGCCCUCGCCCGCGACUCAUUUCUUCUCCGUCUCAAGCGAAAAGAGGACAGUACAACAUCUCUCGGAUCCGCAGACGCCCUCUCCUACUGUCAAGAAAGUGUCGCCGGCUGCUCAACCCAGUUACCGUUGUACCACGCCUGCGAGUCGAAAUACGGCGAUGAUCCGAAGUAUUUGUAUUGUCUGUGUACGACGGGCUAUCACAGCGCGGUCUCGCAGUGUGAUGCAUGCUCGGUGAGUUUGGGCGCGUUGGCGGCGAGUCAGUUGAGUCUGGAUAAGAGCGAUGCGGAGACUCAGUGUGCGAGUUUGUCUUCGCGUUAUGGUGGGCAGCAUACUUCUACGACCAAGGCUGGCACGCAUACGGGAACUGGGACAAAAGGAGGAGGAGGAGGAGGAGGAGGGGGAGGAGAUGGAACGACAAAAACGGCGGAAGCAGAAGCGACGAGUACGAUUCCCUCGUCAACAACGACGACAAGUUCAGUAGUGACGAUGCCUACAGAGCCAUAUGCUGGACUCGCUGGGCAGCCGACUAUCCCUGGUGAUGGUAAUGGGGUUGCUGCGCCGACUAGCUCGCAGGGUGCAGCAGCUGCUGGUAGUAAAGGUGCUGCUGGUGUGGUAGCUGGCGUGGUUGUGUGUGCUGUUUUGCUAUAA